AUGAUGUCAGGAGAGGCAUGGUUGUACCUAUUGGCGGUGCUUAUCAAUGCCGUCAAUCUGUUCCUACAAGUAUUCUUCACUAUUAUGUACAGUGAUCUCGAGUGUGACUACAUCAACCCUAUCGAUCUUUGCAACCGUUUGAACACGUACAUUAUCCCUGAGGCAGCGGUUCAUGGGUUCUUGACCCUCUUAUUCCUUAUCAACGGGUACUGGGUUGCGCUCGUUCUCAAUCUGCCACUUGUGGCAUUCAAUGUCAAGAAGAUUCUCGAUAACGCACAUCUUCUCGAUGCUACUGAAAUUUUCAGAAAGCUCAAUGUCCACAAGAAAGAAUCCUUCAUCAAGCUCGGUUUCCAUCUUAUCAUGUUCUUCUUCUACCUCUACUCUAUGAUCGUUGCCUUGAUCCGGGACGAGUCGCAUUGACUUAAGAACAACAUUGGCGACCGGUAUAAAGUGGAGGCAUAGGUACAGCUACAGGUUCGACGGUCAAGGGCAGAGCUUGCUCGACGAGACGGAACUAGGAGACUACGAAAAACGGGUGGCAGGUUUUAUAUGUGCCAUGAUCUCUACGAUAUGUUAACUACGAAUGGUAUGGCUGAAUGAAUGGAUGAAUGGCGGUAGUUUAGAUGUAAUGGUAGUGCUCUUUCCAUUGGUUUCGAGCCUGGCAGGAAAACGGGGAGAAUUCUAUAAUGAGUGGACUUCGUACAGAAGUUUCAUGUAGAUAGAUACCUAACAUGCUAGAAACGGCAUGUUUUUUUUGAUAUGAAUGAAUCUUGUCAUUUUGCGAUUAUCAAAUAUCAAAGAUCUUGCUUUCAUUAGCAUUUUUGAAAACUA